AUGCAUGCUAAUCGCUCAAUGAUCCCUCUACUGGGCUUCUUUGCCCUCUCCGGCGCUGACCCGGUGACCUUCACUGUAGGCGAGCGAAAAGACUACAGCGUCACAGGAACCUUCCUCCCUAAGCCAAGUGGAAAUACGCUUGAGAUGUUCGGGGAGGGCAAGACAGAAGAUGGCAUUGAUGUGGCACUCUCGGACGCGAUGCAAAAGCGCAUUGACGAUGUCAUGAAAAAAGACUGCAAGGAGAUGAAUUCGGACUGCUUCAUGAAGAUCCGCGACAUCAUCGAUGAUAAGGAAACCGAGCUACAAUCUCGCUUUGUUCCCCUGGUACCACUGGCUGUAGUGGCAGCUGUCUUGGCUAUCGGGUUCGAGCACUGGCACUUGACAAACACGGUAGGGAGAUAUGAGCCUGUUCAUCUUGCUCCAGAUGUGCUCAGCGUGGCAUCCGAGAUGGCCACAGCCACUGAAAUUGUCGUGGUCCCCACCGGAAAGCCCUCAUCGAGUAUUACUAUCACAGCGUCACCGCAACCGACAGCCACGGGGACCCAAACUGCCACAGUCACAACGUUCAAAGAUAGCGCGGAUGGCCAUAAGAAGGGCGAUGUCGGGAUCAUCAUCCCCGAAGACUUGGCCAAGCUGCUCGAUGACUACCUGGGCAAGCAGCAAACGGGCACAUGUCUCGACGGUCAAGCCUUCAGUAAAAAGGAUCGACGGCGACUCAGUGGUCUCCCUGGCUCGGUCUGCGGCACGGAACUGACCAUGGCAAACAAUGCCAUGGCCGGCGCACUACUCCACGUUAUGGCCACACAGGCCCCACCGCGGAUCAAAGGUGAGGCAGUGCGUGCCAUGAACCAAGCUAUUGCAUUUGUGCGCCAGCACGCAAGUAUCCUGCGAAUGUCUAGUGAACAAGCCGUGCGCGUCACUGAGUUCUUGUAUCCACUCGUCUGGCAGAAGAUGGUGAACGGCAAAACGAUUCAAGGCACCAAUGUGAUCCCAGAGGACGCGAUUGACACAGAUAACUCGAAUGAGUCGUGUGAUGAAGACAAGAGACACACUGAAACUAACUGCAAAGUGGGGUGUAAGCUUGUUGGUGCUUUGGGACUAUGCUCGACAAGCUGUGCCGAGACGACUGCAUGCAUGAGCACGACUGCUGGAUACGGGAGCACAACGGCGUCCAUAACCACCACAUCGAUCGAGCCUUGGACCGCUAUCAAGCCCAUAUCGACCGGGAAAACGAUUCAACCACACCCUUCCUGUGAGCUCAAUGCGCCAUCUGACUUUGGUGCCCAAUACUUUACCGAUAAAGUAUACGGGGGCUUCUGUCACAAAGUUGGCAAGGACAAGCUGGAAUGGACGGUCGACAAGGACGGGAAACAGAUCUCCCUGAAUAAACGCACGCCACCACCGACGCAUGACAAUGCCCAGUUCACACUCAAGUUCGAACCUUCCGAUGACGGCCAGUGUGAUAUGUCGUGUGAUAAGGCGUUUUCGCUCAUGGGGGCAACUUGCAGCCAGCAGAAUAAUCUGGCCAAGGGGGGCUCCGUAGAUGUCACCUGUGGCACUUACUCAUUCUCUCUCAAUCGACCCCCGAAGAAAGACGGUGGUGAUGGUGAUGGUGGUGGUGGUGGUGGCGGUAAUGAUGGCGGUGAUGGCAUGCCCUAUGCGGCAAUGAAGCUGCGCGAGCAGCAAUGCUUCGACGCGUCUGACCACAACGACGUACCAUCAUACAGUGAUGACAGCGAUUGGUGGAACUCUGUCCUCAAGAAAGCUUGUGAUAAUUACGACGACAAAACAGCCAUCACACCGGACACCGACGUCCGUACGUACCCGGCGGGAUUGUGGGAGCACCCGAUCAUCACCACUGGGGCAUCGUGGAUGACGGAUUGCAAGUUAAAGGGAGGCAAUUCGCAGAACUUCAAACAGCCACUGCCUGACGAUAGCAGUGUCACCUGCCGAAGUCUUAUCUUGAAUAACUAUUUGAAGUGCAACAACGGCGGCGGCGGAGGUUAUAUUAGUGCUGGUUGCGUGUCGUAUGUAUUUAUACCGCAAUAUGCCAAGUCUAUAGAGUCUCCGGAGUCAUGA